AGGCAGCAGCAGCAGCAGCAGGCUCUGGCUCUCGGAGCUUCCGGGUCCACCGCCCGGGACAGGUGUCAGUACGAAUGAGCCUGUUCUUCGCUGGAGGGAGUGUUUGUCUUAUUUAUCGGCUUUAAACGCACCAUGAUAGAGGUGUGGAGUUACCGGCGCUGCUGCAGUUCUCCGCCCCGCAACAACAACAACAACAACAACAACAAAUACAUAUGAUAUGUGCGGUCCUGCAGAGGUCUGUUUAUUCCAUGCGUUGGCGUCCACAUUGUAUUGUUUUUCCAGAGCAUUUGCAACAAUUUGAUCUCCCACUCAGCCGGAAAGAAACGCAGCAGCAGCGGCAGCGACGUCCCAAGGAGGGGCAUCCCCCUGCUGGUGUUUAUUAUAGGGGAGAGACGCAGCAGCAGCCAGGGAGUCGAGUCAAAGACGGACAGGAGCAAACAUGUUCGAGGCGAGAGGAAUCCCCUUUGUUCUGCUCGACAUAGCCUGUCUGAUCCUAGCUGGACUUCCAUUUGUAGUACUCAAUGUGCAGCACAGUCCUUUCCGCCGGGGCUUUUUCUGUAAUGAUGAUUCAAUCAAGUACCCCCUUAAAGAAGACACCAUAACCUAUCAGUUGUUAGGAGGUGUAAUGAUUCCCGUCACAGUACUCACUAUGAUAUUUGGCGAGUGCCUUUCAGUUUAUCUAAAGCGCAUCAAAUCCAAGUCUUCUUUCGGCAGCAACAUUUCCUGCGUUUACAAAGCCAUCGGCACGUUCCUUUUCGGUGCCGCGAUGAGCCAGUCUCUGACCGACAUAGCCAAGUACUCCAUUGGCCGGCUCAGGCCGCACUUCCUGGAUGUGUGCAAACCUGAUUGGAAACUAAUCAACUGCUCAUCGGGGGCGUAUAUUGAAGACUUCACCUGCAAUGGAGACGAGAAGAUGGUCAAUGAGGGCAGGCUAUCCUUCUACUCCGGCCACUCCUCUUUUUCCAUGUACUGCAUGCUGUUCCUGGCUCUCUACCUGCAGGCCCGACUCCAGGCUGAGUGGGCGAGGCUGUUGAGACCCACAAUCCAGUUCUUCCUGAUUGCUGCCUCAGUGUUUACAGGAUUGUCAAGAGUGUCUGAUUAUAAGCAUCACUGGAGCGAUGUGAUGACGGGACUCCUGCAGGGGGCUCUCAUGGCUAUCCUGGUGGUCUUCUGCGUGUCUGACUUUUUCAAGCCACGCGUAGAUGCCAAGAAAGAGGCCGACAUCCCACACACAACCCUGCAGGAGACUUCAACAAAUGGAAACCACUUUGAGAGUCCCAACUAAGCUAAGCUACAAUAGGAGGAGGAUGACCGCCUCUCUGCUCUGCCCAAAUAUACACCCAGGAUCCCAGUUCUCUAGCCUUUCAUCUCACACAAAUUCUAAUCCAACACCCUGCAUGGAUUUACCGUUGGUUCUUACCUCAAGUCAGCCAGUGGAUGACUCUGCAUUGGGACUGUUCAGAUUUUUAAGACUUUAUAAUUUUUCUCAACAUUUGAAGGAAAGCGGUGUUUGCCUGUCCAAGCCUUGUAGAAACGCUUAAGUGACUGAGACAGAUGUAGGUUAGGGGCUAGAGAUUCUGUAAAGGCAGAAAUCAUUUAGCAUGCAUCUAUCUACUGAGCUGGUUGGAAGACCUUACUGCACGCGCCCACUAAAGGGUCUGACCACUGCUGGGAGAGAGAGAGCGAGAGAGAGAGGGAGAGAGAGAGGAGGGUUGGAAACCUGUGAAUGUAACCAUGCUUUGUGCUUUUCCUGACCUGGAGUCAAUCUGCUCAACGAUCUGUUUUAGGAUCAGUUUCUAGGUCGACUCCAGCACCCCUGAGGCAUCAGAGUCUCAUAACUUUGCUGCCUUAGGUCCAGUGUUAAUUUAGGGGCCAUUAAUAAGUGGAAUGUUUGCUUCUCAAGGCUAGAAAGUGCUGGAGACUAAAGCUGAUCCUAGACCAGAGGGCAACAUUGCUUCACAUCUGGAGCUGCUGACUCCAGGCCACUGUUGCCUUACUCUCCAACUCUCUCACCUGAUAAAGUCCAGGGGGAAGCUUGACUUGUAUCAUGUUUGGUUAGAGAGUUGAAGAGUAGACGGUCAGUUUUUAGUCCCGUGUUGCCUUUGCCGGACUGCUACUGCUGCUAUCACAGCUCCCUGUGUAUCUUAAAACUAAUAUAAACAUCAAGUGAACAGACAACAAUGUACUUUUAUAUAAUCUGUGUGUAAAUAAAAAAUCACAAUACAGACUUUUAUUGAAAAUAAAGUUAAAUGUGUUCAAAUGUCGAAAAAAAAGGAAAAAUAAAGCCAUUUUACUUAUUAACAUGAACAGAAAUAAAACCAAAGUGGUUUUUUUAAUGUCAUAAGUCGUUAUGAAAUUAAAGCAUGACUUGUUUACUUUCUCAGCCAGGACAAAAUAAUGUCAUAUUAUGAACCACUUUGCUCAUGUAAGCAAAAAUGAUAAAAGCAUUAAUGUGCAAUGUAUUUUGACUACGCGGACGCAUUCAUCUGAAUAAAAAACAAUU